AGCCGCCGGCUGGGGUUGCUCGCGCCCGCCCGGACUGCGCCUGGAAGGGGCGAGCGAAGGCGGCCGCGAGCGGAGCCGGCCAAGUUCGGCGCGCCGCUUCCCUCGCCCGGCGCCUCCGCCGCUCUCGGCGAAGCCCGCAGCGGAGCCCGGCCACGCGCCCAGCCCAGCCCGGCCAUGGACGACCGGCGCAAGGCGGACCCCCGGAGGAUGGAAGAUGAGGCCGUGUUGGACCGAGGGGCGUCCUUCCUUAAACAUGUGUGCGAUGACGAGGAGGUGGAAGGUCAUCAUACGGUCUACAUCGGAGUUCAUGUGCCUAAGAGUUAUAGGAGGAGGAGACGCCACAGACGACGGCCCAAGGAGAAGAAAGAAAAGGAGAAAAUCACCGAAUACUACUCGGACAAAUCUGACGUGGAAAAUACAGACGAGACAAGCAGUAGCAUCCUCAAGCCACUCAUCUCCCCCGCCGCCGAGCGCAUCCGCUUCAUUUUGGGCGAAGACGAUGAUAGCCCUGCUCCACCGCAGCUCUUCACGGAACUGGACGAACUUCUGGCUGUCGAUGGGCAGGAGAUGGAAUGGAAAGAGACGGCAAGGUGGAUAAAGUUUGAAGAAAAAGUGGAACAGGGAGGAGAGAGGUGGAGUAAACCUCAUGUUGCCACGUUAUCCCUGCACAGCUUGUUUGAGCUGAGGACGUGUAUAGAGAAAGGGUCAAUCCUGCUGGACAUGGAAGCCUCAUCGCUCCCUCAGGUAGUAGAGAUGAUCGUUGACAAUCAGAUCGACACAGGGCUGUUGAAGCAAGACAUGAAGGAAAAAGUCACCUACACGCUGCUCAGGAAGCAUCGGCACCAGACCAAAAAAUCCAACCUUCGCUCGCUGGCCGACAUCGGGAAGACCGUCUCCAGUGCAAGCAGCCCGGCCAUGACGCAUAGAAACCUGACUUCUUCCAGCUUGAACGACAUCUCUGACAAACCUGACAAAGAGCAGCUGAAGAAUAAGUUCAUGAAGAAGUUACCGCGGGACGCUGAGGCCUCCAACGUACUGGUUGGAGAGGUCGAUUUCUUGGAAAACCCUUUCAUUGCCUUUGUUCGGCUACAGCAAGCUGUUAUGCUCGGUGCUCUAACGGAAGUUCCUGUACCUACCCGGUUUCUCUUCAUUUUGCUGGGUCCCAAAGGCAAAGCUAAAUCGUACCACGAGAUUGGCCGCUCCAUUGCCACUUUGAUGUCCGACGAGGUGUUCCACGACAUUGCCUACAAAGCCAAAGACCGGCAGGACUUGAUCGCUGGAAUCGAUGAGUUCCUGGAUGAAGUGAUUGUCCUUCCCCCGGGGGAGUGGGACCCGGCCAUCAGGAUAGAGCCCCCCAAGUCCCUCCCAUCCUCUGACAAAAGGAAAAACAUGUAUUCGGGCGGUGAAAAUGUGCAGAUGAAUGGAGAUACGCCCCACGACGGGGGGAAUGGCAGCGGGGGGCACGGGGACUGUGAAGAAUUGCAACGAACUGGCAAACUUUUUGGUGGCUUAGUCAAAGACAUCAAGCGGAAAGCGCCUUUCUUUGCUAGCGACUUCUACGAUGCGUUCAACAUCCAAGCCCUUUCUGCCAUUCUCUUCAUUUAUCUGGCUACUGUAACCAACGCCAUCACCUUCGGGGGUCUGCUGGGCGACGCGACGGAAAACAUGCAGGGCGUGUUGGAAAGUUUUCUGGGCACAGCAGUGACGGGGGCUGUCUUCUGCUUUUUCGCUGGACAGCCACUCACCAUCUUGAGCAGCACUGGGCCUGUCUUGGUCUUUGAACGGCUUUUAUUUAACUUCAGCAAAGAAAACGGUUUUGAUUAUCUGGAGUUCCGGCUCUGGAUCGGCUUGUGGUCGUCCUUCCUUUGUCUCCUCUUGGUGGCCACUGAUGCCAGCUUCUUGGUCCAGUACUUCACCCGGUUUACGGAAGAGGGCUUUUCCUCCCUGAUCAGCUUCAUCUUCAUCUACGAUGCUUUCAAGAAAAUGAUCAAGCUGGCCGAAUACUACCCCAUCAACUCCCAUUUUAAAGUGGGUUACAACACCCUUUAUUCCUGUACCUGUCUGCCGCCCGACCCAGUUAAUAGCUCUUUAUUCAAUGAGACUGCCACAACAACAGCUAAUUGGCUUGCAAGCACAUCAGCUGAGAUGCACAACGUCACCAUUGACUGGCCAUCUCUGGCAACGAAGGAGUGUCUGAAAUAUGGAGGCACUUUGGUGGGAAACAACUGCAAGUAUGUUCCCGACAUCACCCUUAUGUCUUGCAUCCUGUUCUUGGGCACCUAUACCUGCUCCAUGGCCUUGAAGAAAUUCAAGACUAGUCGCUAUUUCCCAACCACUGCACGGAAGUUAAUCAGUGACUUUGCUAUCAUCCUUUCCAUUCUAAUAUUCUGUGGGAUAGACGCCCUGAUAGGUGUGGAUACACCAAAACUCCUUGUGCCAAGUGAAUUCAAGCCAACAAGCCCCAACCGAGGCUGGUUUGUCCCACCGUUUGGAGGGAACCCCUGGUGGGUGUACCUGGCGGCGGCCCUUCCUGCUCUGCUGGUGACCAUUCUCAUCUUCAUGGACCAGCAAAUCACGGCCGUCAUCGUCAACCGGAAAGAGCACAAACUCAAGAAAGGUGCUGGCUAUCAUCUGGACCUCUUCUGGGUGGCUGUUUUGAUGAUUAUAUGUUCCUUCAUGGGCCUGCCCUGGUACGUUGCUGCUACCGUGAUCUCAAUUGCGCACAUUGACAGCUUGAAGAUGGAGACGGAGACAUCGGCGCCAGGAGAGCAGCCCAAAUUCCUGGGAGUCAGGGAGCAGAGAGUGACUGGGGUGAUCGUGUUUGUUCUGACUGGCGUUUCAGUCUUCAUGGCUCCCAUCUUGAAGUUUAUUCCCAUGCCUGUACUCUAUGGAGUGUUUCUUUAUAUGGGCGUCGCUUCUCUUAAUGGAGUGCAGUUCAUGGAUCGUCUGAAGCUGCUGCUGAUGCCUCUGAAACACCAGCCUGACUUUAUCUACCUGCGCCACGUCCCCCUCCGCCGGGUGCACCUCUUCACUUUCCUCCAGGUGGUUUGCUUGGCUCUCCUUUGGAUCCUAAAGUCUACAGUGGCUGCCAUCGUAUUCCCAGUCAUGAUCUUGGCACUGGUGGCAGUCCGAAAGGCCAUGGACUACCUCUUCUCUCAGCAUGACCUCAGUUUCCUUGACGAUGUCAUUCCCGAGAAGGAUAAGAAGAAGAAAGAAGACGAGAAGAAGAAAAAGAAGAAGAAGAGCAGCCUCGAUAGCGAUAAUGAUGACGAGAAAAAUCACCAACAUUCCUUGAACGACAUACAUCAUGCUGAUAAAUUCCCUUACCUCCACUCUCACACAAUGCCAAGCCCUCCACGAACUCCGGUGAAAGUCGUGCCUCAAAUUAGAAUAGAGCUUGACCCUGAAGAUGGUGUUUUUUUCUGGAGGAGCAAGGGAACAGAAACAACUUUGUAAUUUGUUCGCUAAUCUUCUGCUGAACUGGCUUUUUACUUUGUUUUUUUGUUGCUGGUUAACUUGCAUUACUAGCCCAAUACUCAGUUGCUCUAAAUCCAGGGCACAUUGACCUCCCUUUCCUUCUUAGUUUUCUCCCAUUCCCUCUUCUUUUAGGGGGUGGGGUAUCUUUUUCUGCUCACUCCGUUUCUUUACUUCAUUCUGACCAAGACACUUCUGGUUUUGCCUUUUCAGUCACAUGCAUACCUAUACCUCUCUCGAGGAGAGGGCAGAAGUAUUAAGGAUAUAUUAUCACAGCUUCGCGAGAUGAGUGCAAAACUUGACUGUUAUUUUAUUAAGGUGCAAAUCAUUGUUUUUUCUUUAAUUUUUUUUUCUCUAGUAGAACAAACCUGAACUCUGGGCUAACUUAGCAUCUCUUAGUUCUCCACUCCUGCAAAAUGCUGCUAAUCUUAACAUGCUGUUAAUGUCAGUCACUGCUACUUUGGGUAAUUUUGAAGAAGGGGGAUGGAACGGUACAUCCCCGCACAGAAAGAACAUUUUUUUGCCAUCACAGUAGUGAGUGUGCGGAAUCGCCCCCUCUCCUAUGCAACUUUUAUUCUGUAAUAUUUUAAUGGACUUUUUACCGGUUGGCUACUUUGAUGAGUGUUACUUUAUUUUUUUUCCUAGAUUUUUUUGUUUUGUUUUAAAUUAUGGGGGCCUAACCUGCGACUUACAUUUUUUUGUCAAUUUUUUAACCUUUUUAAAAAAUUACUGUAAAGAAAAUGAAUUUUUUUUCCUGCAGCAGGAAGUGUAUAGUUUUGUGUAGUUCUACCUCUUAUUUCUAGAUGUUGGACUUUCUCUUUAAAAAGGAAAAAAAAGAAGAAAAAAGAUUUAAUAAUAAUUGUAUAGAAUGGUAUAUAAUGUGAUUUUUACAAAAACAAAAUCCAGAAAAAAAACACACACACAAUCUCAAGAGUAUGGCAUAGAACUGAAAUCAGCUAUCUUUAUAUUUUACUUUGAAAAUGUCUCUAUCCUUUCCUUUUCUUUCUCUCUUCUGUUUUUAUUUUCCCUUAACAAUCUGAUCACACAUCAAGUGAAUCAGGGCAUGGAUUUAAUGGACACCUGAUUGGAGGUGGAAUCUGUUUGGCACAACCAGCACAAUCCGCCCCAAGCCACUGCCAUUGUGUUGCCUCUUCGAGUUGCUCUCCCAGAAUUUGUCAUAUGAGCAGAGGCAGACUGCAGCCACAUACUGAUUUCAUAUUGAGUAUUGUUAUUGUCAUUCCCUCAAACUUACCUUGCUCUUUCUCCCUCUUUGUGUCCAUGUGUGCUGCUCUCCUUGCAGAUUUCAACCAAUCCACUCUCUUGUGAUGUGUAUUUUCCCCAUGCUGUAUUUUGUCACUUUGCUGGUUGGAGAGACCACAUCACAGAAAACACCCUCCUCUGUGUAGGAAACUGCUAUGUCAGGGAGAACUGAUCUGAGUAUCUCCUUUGCAUGCUAGUUUUCCAUGCCCAGGGAAAACGCUUUUUGGGGUGGGGGGUGGGGGGGAGAAUUUAAAAAACAAAAUCUUCCACUUUGGGUGUGUAGCUGAAGAAUCCUGGGAAUGCUACGCCGCUUGAGCCUUCGGCAGGCGUAGAUCAACUUUGAAUCAAUGUUUGUGCGCAGAGGUUAAAAAGCAGUGUUGCUGUCAAAAGCAGCGGUCAGAAAUGUAUCUCCUACCACUCCAGUUGCUCCCUGAAAGGUCUUUAGCAACACUGACCUUGCAGAGGAGCAUUGCAGUCAAUGACCACAAUUCAAGAGGCCCCCUGUUAGGUGCUAGCAACAGCUAAGGUGCAUGUAUUGUGUUUUUCAUCCCCCUCCCACCCCCGUAGCAGCUACCUGUUUUGCACCAGACACUCUAAAACUGUCCUAAUAUAUCUCAGCUCAGCAACAUGAGUAGUAUUGGACAGAGCCCACAACAUGGGCCACUUCCACAAAAUCACGUAAAACUCACAGCACGACGGCAUCUUCAUGACGUGAUAUCCCAUCAUGAUUCCAUUUCAUGGCGCGAUUUCUGACGUAAUCGUGCCACGAAACGGAGUCAUGAUGGGAAAUUGCGCCAUGAAGAUGCCGUCGUUCUGUGAGUUUUGUGCGAUUUUGCACAAAGGGGAAAGACGUGUGGAAACGGCCAUGCUGUCCUUGAUAGGCAGGCUGCAAGUCUGUUGGUGCCUGCCCUCUCAAACAACGGUCCCGUACUUCAGCAGUCCAAAUGUGUGCAACUAAAAGGUGUGCUCGCACCUGCACUCUCAAACAGCAUUCUACUGCAGCACAGAAAGCAUGUCACUGUGAUGCCCUCCUCGCUGCCAAUUAAGCAGAGACUCCUCCAGGUCUAGUUAUGAAAGAGUAUGAUGUACAUUGGAUUCCUCAGCAUAUCGACAAGGUGAAUGGUACAAAAAUGAAGUAUGUCUUUGCUUGACUGAACACCGGUUCAAGACUGCGGGUGCGAGCACACCCUUUGCUAAACUUUGGGCACAUCUUCUGGUUGAGAGCACCUCAGAGUUCUCACCAAAGCAAAAAGUCUAUGGGAAACGAGCACAAAAGUAAGCGGAGAAUUUUGAAACCGUAGAUGGUAGUCUGCAAACGCAUUUUCUCUCUCACGCAAGCGCACACGCACUCUCUCCAUCGCUUAGUUCCCCAAUUCUCUCCUGUUAAGGUCUUCCAUGGUUGAGCCUUGUGAUGUGUACUUGAAUUCACGGUGGUAUAAUUUGACCGUUGAAAAGGAGAUUCCGUGCAAUGGCUUGUUGUAUAGAGCAUGUCAUGACAUAGUUUGGGGAGGAGACAAAUAUUUCUAUUGUAAUAAUUUAUACCACUUAAUUUGGGGGGAGGGAACUGAGAGACAAGAGCCUGAGAUGUUACAUUUCAAGAGUUCCUGGCAUUAGUAGCACUUGAUUUUUUUUUUGAACUACCAGCACUAAGGAUGUAUCUACACUGCACUUUUAUUAGGUUUUAUAUCAGUUUAACUGCCAUGGUUUUGCUCAUCCCAUCCGUAGAAUCUUGGGGACUAAUUAGGCGAGCAUGCUGAGAAUUCUCUAUGAGAGAUCCCGGUCUCCCCUAUGACAGAACUAUAAUUCCCAGAAUUCCUUGCAGUGAUGGGAUGACUGUAAGAUAAAUUGUGUAGAUACUCCCUAAACAACCGAGUUGUAGAAAGGGGGCCAUUUGCUUAGCAUCUGGCUUCUGUAAAGAGAGAUGUUGAAAAAGUUUGGCUCCAGGGUAAUUAAAACAGUUGCCAGCAUUGAUCUCUGAAGUGACAGGUGUCCUCUUUUUUAGACGUGCAAACUUUGGGACAUAGCUUGCGAACAGAACAAAGUUUGUUGCUUGAACUGAGUCUGAAAACAGCUGUUUGAAAUAUAAUCUUGUGUAUGGUGCACUUUCUCAGAAUUUAGGGCAUUGCACCAUAAAAUGUCUAAGCCGACUCAGCAGCUUUCCCCCCAAAUUAGAAGAUAAUACAGAUAUCUGCAUGUACUGGGCCACCAUUUAAUGGGAAGGGGAGAAUAGCAAGUUUUUGGAGUACAUAAAGCUAUUCUGAUUCCUACCUGAAGAAAGUUUCUGUGCCGCUUGCAGUACCCAACCAGCUGUCUGUCUGCACACACACCCCGCCCUGGAACAAAAAACAGCUUAUGGGACGGAAACAAAUGUAGAUAAGGAAAAUAUUGGGAGGGAAAGGGUUAAAUACUGCUGCUUUGGGCACCAUAACUCCAGAUCAGUUCAUCCCCCAAUUACUUUGCAGUUACAAACAAAGAACCCUGGAGGCGAACCUCAUUUUGGAUCUCUUCCAUUGCAUCUAGGUCAGACCUUAGAUGUUUUGGAUCCUCUAACUCUUGUGUGCAAUGCACAGCUGUGUUAAUAAUUUUGCCAUUGACUUCCAUGGGAUAUGAGUUGAAGUCCUUAGAGCUCCAAUGCACUUUCUCAGUCUUUGGCAUCACAUCUUGUGUAAUGUCUACAUGUAUUUAUAAUCAGAAUCUUUUUUUUAACAUCCCCCCCCCCGGAGGUAUGAGUUUGCAUUUUAUCUUGGAGUUCCACUGACAAGCUAAUUGAUAGUCAUGGAGUCCUUCAAACCGUGAAUUAUAGGAAGAGCCAACCUCUCCUGCUCUCCUGACUCGCUAACCUGUCCCGUUGGCUAGUGGCUCCCCGAUCCCAAGCACUAAACAGACAAGUGCACCCAGCUCACAGUUAAGUAUGGCAGCCAGGAAAUGGAGACAGACUGUGGCUCAGUGAUAGAGCAUCUGCUUGGCCCGCAGAAGGUGCCAGGUUCAAUACUUGUCAUCUGUUUAAAAGAUCAGAUGGUUUCAGCAGCGCUCCCGUGCUCCACAGCGGCCCGAUCUGGCCUGAUUUGGCCUGAUUUGGACCUGGAUCGGGGCUGCAGGAGUGCGCUGCACCACCCAGGAGCGUGCCCCCCCCCGGGAGGUGUAUUCCUCCCACGCCAGCCAGGUAAGCAGGGGCAGAGGGUGGAGGGACUGGCAACCCUAAUACUGACUGAUGAACCAAAGGUCUGAUUCAGUAGAAGGCAGCUUCAUAUCUUCACCUGGAGACUGGCAACUGAGGGUGGUGGCAGAUGCCUGGUUGUGUUCUGCCUCUCCACUCACCUGAGUGGAGCAUUCUUCUUCUUCUGUAGGAUGGACAUAUACUCAGCUGAGAGGAGUGGCAAGAAUCAACCCUCUGUGUGUGGGGAGGGUGUCAUCCCAAAGUAUUCAUUAUUAGCACUUAGGGUAUUAAACUCUUAAGCAUUCACCUUGCCAAUGUAAAAUAGGAUAGCUUUCAUUUAAAACCAGAACUUUGCAUUGUGGACGACUCACCUUUUUCUUUCUUUGUGGAAGUGGCAGGAAAGGCAGUGGAAAGGACACAGUGGACCUUUUGUGACCCAUGUAAUCUCCCUGUGGACUAGGGCCAUAGAAAGAGGUGCUGUUUAGACCAACUUCCUAGCCAAACUCUGCUCAGAGAUUUCUGCUCAGGGCCAGUGUUGAGUGAAACUUCGGAAGAGUCAGAGAUAACUUUGUCCCACACCUACAAUGUGAGCUUAUGGUUGUCUGUCCCUCUUUACCUCCCUCCCUUCUUGUAGGCCUCCCAAUUAAAGUAUGCAUAUGUGAUAUUUUUUUGGAAUCAACAUGCACUUUCAGAUACUUCUAUUGUUUGGUUUUUGUUGUUGUUAUUAUUUGUUCAUUUUAAAACUAUUAAAAACUCUGUAUUUGCUUUGGAGGAACUAUGUAUAAUGAGGAAAAAAAACACAGCCACUUUAUUUUGAAAUGAAGUAGAUCAACACACAGCGGAACAAACAGGAUUUUUUUUUCUUUUCAAAAAGAGAAGAAAACAUUUCAAUGUUUUGAAUGAUUUUUUCCCAGUAAUAUGAAAAGCUAAAACAAGAAAUUCCUUAUAAAUAUGAUAGGGUUUUACAAUUUUAUGAGGCUUUUUAUUGUAACUUUUAUGGAUCCAAGAGACGAAGAAGAUGAGAUAUUUUAGCAUUUAUAUUUUUCAAAAUUAAAUGUAUACUGAAAAUAAAAGUAACUUUAUUCA